AUGUCUUCUUUCUGGUCUCUCCUCAUCCUUCUCAACUUCCUUGUCAUCGCUGUUUCCAGCGGGAAAACUAACGGACACUGUCAGAAAGGAUGGACUAAAUUCACAAGGCCUUCUGGAGACUGGUGUAUAAAAAUCUUCUAUGAAACCUUGGUUACCCAACCGGAAGCCGAGGCCAAGUGUCAGGCGGCGGACGCUACUCUGUCAAGUUUCCAGAACCAGGUGGAGUCUUUAUGGGUUGCAGCCACUUCCGUCGCUCAUAUUUAUCCAAAUACUGGAAGCAUUUGGAUUGGUGCAAAACGUACUAAAGCCUGUCUGAAAUCGCAAUUAACCGAAAAAUGCACAAGAUUCAAUUCAUUCGAAUGGACUGAUAAAUCUGCAAAUGGAACUGAUGGCUUCCUAUGGGAUGCUAGAGAGCCAAGCAACACUCGAUUUAUUCAAAAUUGUCUUAUUAUGACUAUCGGAUCCACCGGAUAUGUCUCAGGAUAUGAUAUCCAAGUUGGUACUUUGAAUGAUAACAAGUGCGACUUGAAGUUGAAUAGUAAAGACCCACAACAAAUUCAAGGUUUCGUUUGUGGAAAACCACCUGGAUGUUAA